AUGGAUGCUGCGCCCGGGAGCGCCCCGCCGUCCUCCGCCGCGGCGUUGCGGCUGGCGCUGGCGGCUCCGGGGCUGUCCGAGGGUCCCCUCGGUUGCCCCAUCUGCCUGGACGUGCUGCGGGACCCGGUGACGGUGCCGUGCGGACACAACUUCUGCCAGGGCUGCUUACAGGCGCUCCGCCAGCGGCCAGGCCCCCCCGACGGCGGCGGGGCGGGCGGGGCCGCCCGCUGCCCGCUGUGCCAGGAGCCCGUCCCCGCGGCCCUGCGGCUCUGCAAGAACCGCGCCCUGUGCGAGCUCCUGCCGCUGCUGGCGGCCGCCACCGGCGGCUCGUCCCCGUCGUCCCCGGCCGCCGCGUCCCCGAUGGCCCCGGGAGCCGAGGAGGAGGAUGCUGCGGGGGAGGAAGGAGCGGUGGUGCUGUGCGACGUGUGCCCGCCGGGGUCCCGCCUGGCGGCGGAGCGGUCGUGCCUGGUGUGCCUGGCGUCCUUCUGCGGGGCGCACCUGGAGCCGCACCGGCGCGCCCCGGCUUUCCGCGCACACCGGCUGGUGGCCCCGCUGCGCCGGCUGGAGGAGGGGCUGUGUGCCCGCCACCUGCAGCCCCUCGACGGCUUCUGCCGCACGGAGCAGAGCUGUGUCUGCGCCCGCUGCCGCGCCCACGAGCAUCGCGCCCACGAUGUGGUGCCCCUGGAGCAGGAGCGAGAGCACAAGCAGGCCCAACAAGCCAAAUUCUUCAGCGAUGUGGAGAAUGAGCUGGAGGAGCUGGCAGUCACCAUCACCCAGGCCAAGAAGAUGGUGGAGCUCAUUAAGGGUGCUGCCACCAAGGAGAGGGAAAGGGUCGAGAAGCUCUUUGCAGAGGCCUCUGAGGUGCUGGUGACCUUCCAGAAGGAGGUGAUGGGAUUCAUCGAGGAUGGGGAGCGCUCCAUGCUGGGGGAGGCUGAGGCUGAUCUCCGCUGGAAGGAGGAGAGACGAGCCAAGCUGGCACAGUGCAAGCAAAACCUGGAGAACGUCCCCAGCACUGACACCAUCUACUUCCUCCAGGAAUUUCAGGCCUUGAAAGUAGCCAUGGAAGAAAACCUCUCUCCACCUCUGAGCUUCCAGAAAGAGCUGAACUUCACCAAGUGUACCCAAGCUGUGGGUGCCAUGAAGGAUGUACUGUCCACUGCCUGCAAAAACCAGUGGAACCACUUGCAGGGGAAAGGAAUUGAUGGAUUCAAUUGCCAGGAGAUGGAGGAAGCAUUGGCUGAAUCCCAAUUUCCAGACAAGUCAAACAAUCCAGCCUGCCUGGAGAGCCGUGACUAUUUCCUGAAAUUUGCCUUCAUCAUCGACCUGGACAGUGACACAGCUGACAAGUUCAUCCAGCUGUUCGGCACCAAGGGAGCCAAACGGGUGCUGUGCCCCAUCCCCUACCCGGAGAGCCCCACCCGCUUCAUCAACUGCGAGCAGGUGUUGGGUUUGAACCUCAUGAACAGGGGCAACUACUACUGGGAGGUGGAGCUGAUCGACGGCUGGGUCAGCAUCGGCGUCAUCGCCGAGGACUUCGACCCACAGGAGGCCUACAACCAUGGGCGCCUGGGCAGGAACGACAGGUCCUGCUGCCUGCAGUGGAAUGGCCAGAACUACGUGGCCUGGUUUGGUGGCUUCGAGUGCACCAUCCAGCAGCCCUUCUUCCACACGAUCGGCGUCUUCCUGGAGUAUUCAGAAAAGGCUUUAACCUUCUACGGAGUCAAGGACUCCAAAAUGACCUGCCUGCAGCAGCUCAAGGUCUCCCGUUCUGCCAAGGGGAAGCUUGACCCGUUCCAGAGCAAGAUCAACCGCCAGUUUGCGUCUCUUUUCUCGUGCAAGCUGAAGCCAGCCUUUUUCCUCGAGAGUGUGGAUGCCCACCUGCAGAUCGGGCCGCUGAAGAAGGAUUGUGUGUCGGUGCUGAAGCGCCGGUGA